AAAAAAAACGUUCAGCGUCCUUGGCACGCGCUCGAUCCUGCGCUGCAUGACGUUAGCCGCUAACUGACAGCUAACGUCGGUUUGCUGCGCAGAUUGUUGGAGUCGCAGCUACACUGAAACUUUUUCUGAGGCAGUUAAUCGGGCUAAUCUAUCACCACAGAAGAAAAAACACCGGACCAAUAUCGGUGGAGCGAAAUCUGCAAAGUUUGGGCGGUUGGGAUAACGUUAGCGCCGCCGGUUGCUGUGUGUGUGUUUUGGCGAGGUUAGCUAACAUUUUGUAGAAACUCGGCCGCCGCCAUCGUCUUGACUUUCAGAAGAAGACUCGGCAGCAGCUCCUGAAAUAAAACAGAUAACAUCCAGUGUGUUGAUGAGAGAUGAUACCUCACAGGUAGCUUGACUUCAUGAAACUGCCAAAAUGUCCUCAAUCAAAGGAUUGCCUACACGAGGAUCAGAUGUAACUAUUCUCAUAACAAAGGUUAACUUGCAUCCCCUUUGUGUCCUUGUGGAGUUCUGGGGAAAAUUUAGCCAGGAGAGGAAAGCAGAUUAUGAGUCCUUGGCCAAAGACAUUCAGUCUCCUGGAAACGCAUUUCAGGAGCUUGAAGGAAAUCCUGGUGAUGAGUGCUUGGUCCAGAUAGAUGGUACUUGGUACCGGUCUCGCAUAGUCUCGAGGAAUGGUUCAAAAUACAGUGUGUUCCUCAUUGACAAAGGGGUGUCAAAUACUACCAUCACAAGUAAGCUGGCAUGGGGUGAGAAGAAGCAUUUCCAACUGCCACCUGAGGUGGAAUUUUGUGUGCUAGCUAAUGUGUUACCCGCGUCACCUGAGAACAGAUGGUCUCCUGUGGCUCUUGAGUUUCUGAGAUCUCUCUCUGGAAAAUCUGUGAAGGCACAUGUGCAAGAUGUACUGGUACCACACAGAACAUUUAUCCUGCACAUUCCUUGCAUAUCUAAACAAAUGUAUGAGAUGGGAAUUGCCAAGAUGUCUCCAGACAUGUUCCAAGACUUUGUUCUCAUGUCGCUGCAGUCACAAAGUGGAGUCGGAGUGUCUCAAGACAGAGGUGGUGAGCGACUGCAGAAGAAGGAGCUCUUCCUGUACCCAGAGCUGCCAGCAGGAACCGUGGAGAAAGUCAUAGUCACAGAUGUGACAAACCCACAGAGGAUUUUUUGCCAGUUGAAGGUGUUCUCACAAGAGCUGAAGAAACUCUCUGAACAAAUCACACAGUGCUGUGAGGGCAGAAUUACCACUUGCAUUGUUGGUCCAGAAAUGAUUGGGUUUCCGUGUGCUGCAAGAGGAAGUGAUGGCAGGUGGUACCGCUCUGUACUACAACAGGUUCUCCCAACUAACAAAAUGGUGGAAGUUUUGAACGUUGACUAUGGAACCAAACAAUUUGUUCAAGUGGAGCAUAUUAGACCACUGGCUGCAGAGUUCUUCAGGCUGCCUGUUGUGACUUACGUCUGCUCCCUCCAUGGAAUCAUUGACAAAGGGGUUGGAUGGACAAGCAGUCAGAUUGACUAUCUCAGGAACCUUCUUCUGUACAAGACAGUGAUUGCCAAAUUUGAGUACCAAAGCAUCUCUGAGGGUGUUCAGUAUGUCACACUGUACAGUGAUGAUAUCAAAAACAUUAACAAGUUGUUUGGGUCUAAGGAGAACUGUUCGCUGGAGUGUGAAAAAACACUUGCAGAUUAUGCCAUCUGUAACACUUCAUACAGCCAUCAGCAUCCAGCGCAGCAGGAGGCAAAUCAAAAAAAGAUGUUAACUCCUGCACAAACUGUAGGGGAAGUAGCAGGGCAAGGAAGAGUGAAGACGUUGCCAGCUGAAGACCUCCCUCUCAGCUCCUCUCAUGUGUCGGUUGUUCAGCAUGUUUCUGAUCCAUCAGAGUUUUGGAUCCAAACAGAGAACUAUGCAAACGAAUUGGAUGAACUCAUGGAUAGUAUCUACCAUUUGUAUAAAGACUCGGAGAAUAAACAUUUGGUGAAAAAUCCAACAGUUGGGCUCUACUGCGCUGCCAAUUCAGAGGAUGGUAAUUUCUACAGAGCAACUGUGGCUGAUGUUGGUAAGACACAAAUUAAGGUGUUCUUUGUUGAUUAUGGAAACACUGAAGUGGUUGACAAAAAUAACAUCAAGGCCCUUCCUGACGAGUUCAAAAAGCUGCCAUGUCUUGCACUGAAAUGCUCCCUGGCUGGCAUCAGGCCAAAAGAUGGGAGAUGGAGUCAAAGUGCCUGUGAAUUUUUCAUCAAAGCAGUCACAGAAAAAACACUAAAUGUACGUGUGACGGCCAAACAUGAGGAGGGCUACUUUGUCCAACUAACAGAUCCUAAAGCACAAGGAGAGAAAGAUCUCAGUACACUGAUGUGUAGUUCUGGCUUUGCUGAACCUGCUGAAACACAAAGACAACCCAAAGCCAAAAUGACCACACAACCAGCUUUUCUGCCUCCCACACAGCUUCCUGGUGCCAGACUAUCAGGUGUAUCUAGGAACAAAGGAAUGUGCCACAUCCUAAACCCAGUUGGCCCUGCCAGUAAUGAACGGAGAACUCCUACUUUCAAGGAGCAGAUGUUUUCCAUCGGAAGUGUCCUUGAUGUUAAUGUGUCCUACAUUGAAAGCCCAAAUGAUUUUUGGUGCCAACUAGUUCAAAAUACAGGACACUACAAGUUGCUCAUGCAUAAAAUACAGGCUCACUAUGCAGGCAGCGAGUUUCAACCUCUUGUUGAAACAGCCUGUGUUGCUCGCCACCCAAAUAAUGGAAUGUGGUACAGAGCCCUUGUAAUUCACAGACAUGAAACACCUCAUGUGGAUGUGUUGUUUGUUGACUACGGCCAGAUGGAGACAGUCUCACUCUAUGAUCUGAGGAGAAUUCACCCUGAAUUUCUCGAACUGCAAGGCCAGGCUUUUCGAUGCAGUCUGUUGAACCCCAUUGACCCCUCGUCUGCCAAAACUAAGUGGAAUGAAGAAGCAACGUCACGGUUCCACAGCUUUGUGGAAACUGCUGCAUCCAACCUUGUGAUUUUGAAGUGCACAAUAUAUGCUGUUAUGUACAGUGAGCAGAAGAUUGUUUUCAACAUUGUGGAUCUAGAGACUCCCUUUGAGAGCAUCUCUGCCAGUAUGGUCAGUCUGGUCAAAAGUGCACCGCCCAAGGUAGGCGCUGGGUCAUCUUUCCGUUUGGACACGUACUACUACUCAACGCACAACGUCAAAACUGGAACAGAGGAACAGGUCAUGGUGACAUGUGUAAACAAUGUCAAUCAGUUCUACUGCCACCUCGAGAGGAACGCUGAUGUGACAAAAGAUCUCAAAAUCAAAGUGAACAAUCUCUGCCUGCAGCUUGAGAAUGUUAAGCUUCCAACAGUCCUUGGAACUCUGUGUUUUGCAAGGUACACUGAUGGUCAGUGGUACAGGGGACAAAUCAAGGCCACAAAGCCAGCUAUUCUGGUUCAUUUUGUGGAUUAUGGUGACACUCUUGAGGUGGAAAAAUGUGACUUGCUUCCAGUUCCCAGAGAGGCUAAUGACAUAAUGGCUGUGCCUGUACAAGCACUCGUGUGUGGUCUCUCUGAUGUCCCUGCCAGUGUUCAGAGUGAGGUCAACAGCUGGUUUGAGACAAAUGCCACAGAGUGUAAAUUCCGAGCCCUUGUAGUCGCUCGAGAACCGGAUGGGAAACUCUUGGUUGAGCUGUAUGAUGGGAACACUCAGAUUAAUUCAAAAAUCAAGAAGAUGUUCCAGAUUGAGAUGCACUCAGAAGAGCAGGUUGUUUGCCAGAGUUGGAGAAGACCUGAAGCAUCUGACAGCCAUGCAAGAAAAACUCCAAAAACUGUGGCAAAACAAGCUGUAGAGAUGGAAGAUAACACUCAGACCAUCAAGAAAAAUGUCUCUGCUCCCAAACCAAGACAUCAAGUGAGGGAUGCCAAUGUGAAUCUGCAGUCUGCACCAAAGCCUUUGCGCCACGUUUGUGAAAAUGGUCAGAGGGUCAAAGGUGCUUGGUUACAGCCUUACAGACCUCCAAACCAAAGGCAGUCAUGUGAAAGCAAACCAAGCAAUAAGGAGAAUGGUUCUGAGCUGGCAGGUGCCCUCAUCAAACCAGAAAAAGAGAGCCCUUUGUCAGAAACUAAACAAAUCAGUAAGUCCAAAUCGCCUGGCAAAGAAUGUGUGAAGAACAAUGAUGCUGAUAAACUCCCUCAACUGGCAGACCUGCCCUCAAAAUCUAUCACAUCAGGUAUGGCAGCAGAUGUUUAUGUCUCACAUUGCAACAGCCCACUGAGUUUCUACGUCCAGCUUGUCAGAGAGGAGGAUGAACUGUUCUCCCUUGCUGAAAAGCUUAAUGACCCUGAAUCCACCCCCAAAGAAGACAUCAAAGAUGUGCAUGAAGGUGACCUUGUUCAAGCAGAGUUCCUUGAUGAUUCCUCAUGGUACCGAGCAGUUGUAAGAGAAAUUCUCAGCAAUGCAAUGGCUCUUGUUGAGUUUAUUGAUUUUGGAAAUACAGCAGUGAUGCCAAUUUCCAAGAUAGGCAGACUCGAUUUGGAUUUCUUGAAACUUCCGAUGUACAGCACACACUGUAUGCUGAGUGAUGCUGCAGCUCUUGGAAAAGGGAAAGUGCUUGAUCCAGAAGUGAUGUCAGCUUUCAGAGAAGACAUUGGUGGUAAUGGAGAAAAGGUGCUCAAAUGCCGGUUCAUCAGGCAGACAGGAUCUGUGUGGGAAGUAAGUGUUAAAGACAGUGGUGUGAAUAUCAAGUGUAAAGUACCUGCUAGAUGUUCAACUGAUGAAUCUGAAAUCACUUCAGAGAAACUUGCACAAGAUAAGGAAACACCUGCCCAGCACUCUGACAUCAGGAGAGUACCAGAGAACUCACAGUCAUCACUCUUGAGCUCAUGUUCUCGAUGUUACCACCCGCAAGAGUUUUCAGAGGGACAAAAGGUAGAGGUCUACAUCACAACUGUCAAUGAUGCUCAGACAUUUUGGUGUCAGCUUGCAGAUGCAGAAGAGCUUGAUAAGUUAACAUCAAGUGUCUCAGAAGUUGGGGAUGCAGCUGAUCACAAACCUAUCAUCCCAGGCUCUCUCUCCCCUGGCUGCCCAUGUAUCGCUCUUUUUGCAGAUGAUCAUCUGUGGUACCGUGCAGAGGUCAUCGACAAAGAUGGAGACGAGUUGUCAGUUCUCUUUGUAGACUAUGGAAACCAGUCCCAAGUCAAUGUUACAGAUGUGAGGGAAAUGCCUACCAACCUGAUGGAAACUCGUCAACAGGCAUUUUUGUGUGAGCUUGAAGGCUUUGAUGCUUCACAUGGAUCCUGGGACAGCGGUGCAGUAGAUGAGUUGUCAGCACUUACAACAGACAAAGUGUUAGAGCUGACUGUCACUAGAGUAACAAGAGAAGAAGGAAAAAUCAAAUACGUUGUUCAAAUGCAGUGUGAGGGCCAGGUGAUAAAUGAGGCACUGAAAACCUGGUGGAAGAGCUCUGCAAUAGAAAACAAACCUGGUGAUCUCGGACCCACCACUUUAUGCGAAACAUCGUCUUUGAAAGAGACCGCACCACCCAAGGAUCAGCUAGACUCUGAAUGUCAAGAAGAGGUUACUGCUGUUGUUGGUGAUCACCCUCAGAGACAAGGCAGUGAAAAGCAGGGCGCUGGCGAACUUGUUGACACUCAAACAACAGAUGACAUCCACAAACCAGCAAGUAGUGUAGAGCACAGUAAAAGCUCUGAAGAUAAUCUUCAUUCUGAGUCUUUUGUGGAGUCCCAAGAAGAAAAGAAGGAUCAGAUUUUGUCAGAAUGUGUGACCACUGAACCUCAAAUAGAGAGAAUGACAGAGAGCCUACGAGAAACUGCUUUUAAUGAAGGGGUGAAAAUAGUUGGCACUACAAUGGUCCCUCAAACCAAACCUAAAGACACUGUGCCUUGUGAUAGUGAUGAGACCAAGCUACCACCACCACCCAGUAACCAAAGUGACCAAGGUAUUUUAACCUUGAGUUGUGACGAGAGUGAGUUGGAAACUGACAAAGGCACCGAAGAGGAAGGUGCCUCAGAGAUGGACACUAGUGGGCCACAUGCCUCAAGUUCUCCCUUGGAUGAGAACCCUACAGAAGCCAAAGAUGAGUCCAAGAUCGCAACGACUGGCUUGGAGUCUUUACCUGGAGAGAUAAAGGCCUGCAGCAUGGAUACCAGCCUGGACAAGAUGACUGUAUCUGAUCCACAUGAGCAGGGAGACGACAGUGAGGUUGCACUUGUAAGGGAUAAGCCUCCUAGCGUGACAACAACAGUGAAAAUGGUUCCCCGUGAAGCUGUCUGUCCCAGGGAAAGCUUGGAUCUGGAAACAACUGAUACCAAAUCUGAAGACUUGUACAUGUACAUGUACAAGAUCAUAUAUGAUCUGACAGAACAGGAAACUGAAGCUGGAGAUGGUGUCCCAGGGGAAGAGGUGCCAUGUGUUACUGCACACGUGGAGAUUCUGACUGAAUUGGAGCUGCCUUUCUCUGAGCUUUCAACAUCUGAUUCUGUGACACAGCAGGGAGUGGAGGCAGGAGAUGCUGUCCCAAAGGAAGAGGUGCUGUGUGCUGCCACACAUGUUGAGAAUGACGUGAUGGAUGAAGGGGACAACUUGGCUUGUCAUGAGGAUACAUAUACAGCCCUGCAUGCUGACACUGACACAACACACAGUGAGCUACACACCUGCACAACUCCCGCUAAAGAAUUGGUUGACGAGGAUGAAAGUGUGGCCUGUUUGACUGAUGUCUGCUCAGAUGUAAUCGAGCCAAGUGAAGACAGCAAUUUCGCCAGUGCAAGAGAUGAUGGUCUCAGCAGUGGGACUUCAGAGGAAAUGGACCAAAAUGAAUCCCUUCUUCCUCAUGUGGAGCACAAACAGUUAGUUGCGCUGCCAUCUGACGCUGAGCCACAAGCCUGCACAGUUUGCUGUCCAGAUUUGGAUAACCUGGUGGAAGAGGUCACCUGUCUAGUCAGACAGAUCAGUCUGACAGACUCCUGCAAAGACCCACAAGAAUCUGAAACAGAGGACAGUGAGCAGCUGGUGCACACAGAGGAGGAGUCCAGCAGCGGUGAGCUUGAUGAAGAAAUAUCAUUUUCUGCCGAUGACAGUUUUGAGGCUCAGCUGACGAAGAUAACUCAUCUCUCUCUGAUCAUUAAUGAUGGCCCUGCUGACAUCCUGCCUGUUGAGCAGCAGCCAGAGGAGUAAACACUUUUCUGUUUCCUUCAUAUGUCUUUAUCUGAUACAUCACAUUGAAAUGCAUCAACUGCAUUUGCCUUUAGUUAAAUCAAACAGGCUCCAGUUCAGUUUGUUUCUCUUUGUGUUUGUUCUCAAAGUCUGCAGUGGCAGUUUUGUUUUGUUGGGUUGGACCUGCAGGUCAUCGUUAUCUUUUGACCCAAGAAUUUCAUUGUUCUACAAGCAUCUUGUUAAAAGUGCCUUCAUACAGUGAUGCUUGUCAAUAUGUGCCUGCCCAGUGUUACUUGGGGCACUGUUGUGUUACAGAUGAUCUGUGGUGAUAAAACGCCUCAUAAUUCUUUGAUAAAUACUGAAUCUUUAUUUCAUAGUAACGCUGAUUUGAACAGUUGUCAGGCAACAUUCAGCAGUUUUCAAGAAAUCUUUCUGUAUUUUGUGUGGAUACAUGCAUGUGUUGAAGAUAUCUUUAUGUUGGCAAAAUAAAUAUUGUUGCAGAUCUGUAAA